CGCAGGCCGGGGCGGAACGUGCGGCGGGCGGGCAGCGAUGGCGGCGGCCGAGGUGGCGCGGCAGGGUGAAGGCUGUCGCACUGUCCCCCUCUCUGGACACGUGGGAUUUGAUAGUUUGCCUGACCAGCUGGUUAAUAAGUCAGUUAAUCAUGGGUUUUGUUUCAACAUCCUGUGUGUGGGGGAAACUGGCCUUGGUAAGUCCACCCUCAUGGAUACCCUUUUCAACACCAAGUUUGAAGGUGACCCAGCAUCUCACUCACAGCCUGGGGUCCAGCUGAAAUCCAGUACCUAUGACCUGCAGGAGAGCAAUGUCAACCUCAAGCUGACUAUUGUGAGCACAGUGGGCUUUGGGGAUCAGAUCAACAAAGAGGACAGCUACAAGCCCAUUGUUGAGUUCAUUGAUGCUCAGUUUGAAGCCUACUUGCAAGAAGAGCUGAAGAUCAGGAGGGUUUUGCACAACUACCACGACACGCGGAUCCACGCCUGCCUGUACUUCAUCGCUCCCACCGGCCAUUCCCUGAAAUCCCUGGACCUGGUCACCAUGAAGAAGCUGGACAGCAAGGUGAACAUCAUUCCCAUCAUUGCCAAAUCUGAUGCCAUUUCCAAGAGUGAGCUGACCAAGUUUAAAAUUAAAAUCACAAGUGAGCUGGUCAGUAAUGGAGUGCAGAUCUACCAGUUCCCAACAGAUGAUGAAUCAGUGGCAGAGAUAAAUGGGACAAUGAAUGCCCAUUUGCCAUUUGCAGUGAUCGGGAGCACGGAGGAGCUGAAAAUAGGAAACAAAAUGAUGAAAGCUCGUCAGUACCCUUGGGGCACAGUGCAGGUGGAGAACGAAGCUCACUGCGACUUUGUGAAGCUGCGGGAGAUGCUGAUCCGCGUGAACAUGGAGGACCUGCGCGAGCAGACCCACACCCGCCACUACGAGCUCUACAGGCGGUGUAAGCUGGAAGAGAUGGGCUUCAAGGACACUGAUCCAGACAGCAAACCCUUCAGCUUACAAGAAACUUACGAGGCCAAAAGAAACGAGUUUCUGGGAGAACUGCAGAAAAAGGAAGAGGCAAUGAGACAGAUGUUUGUCCAGAGGGUCAAGGAAAAAGAAGCUGAGUUGAAGGAGGCUGAAAAAGAGCUGCAUGAAAAGUUUGAUCGCCUGAAGAAAUUGCAUCAGGAUGAAAAGAAGAAGCUGGAGGAUAAGAAGAAGUCUCUGGAUGAUGAAGUAAAUGCAUUUAAACAAAGGAAGACAGCAGCUGAAUUGCUUCAGUCACAGGCUCAGCAGGCUGGAGGAUCACAAACUCUUAAAAGGGAUAAGGAAAGGAAAAAUUAGCUGCUGUUUGGCUGCAUGGUGCAUGAGGCACAUUGUCCUGUUCGGGUUUCCUGUAGAACCUUUCCCUUGGCCCCAGAGGCGAAUGCCCCACCCUCGGCUGUGCCUGUUUGCUCACCUUUCCCACUGCCCCUCCCGCGCUCCCCGAGGGCUCACACAGAGCUCUGGGCUGUUCCUGGGGGGGACCCUGCUGGCCAGGGGGGCUCUGCCAGCUCCCUCCUGCCCCUGGGCAGCAGCAGAUGCCCCCUGCUCCUGGCCAAGGCUCCCUGUCCCAUUGCUCAGCUUUCCCUGCUCCUGCUGUCAGAGCUGCUCGGGGGUGCAUUCAGCUCCUGCUGGGGUGGGAUGUGCUCUCUCCAGACACUGGCUGCCCUCUCCCCAUGGUAAUUUGCUGUUCCUAAGGCCUCAUUACCCCCUCUGCUGCCAUGUGUGACUCAAAUAACUUGCAAGAACUUUUUGUAAAACUUGACAUCCUCACAGGCAUGGGCCUGAGUCCAAACCUCUAGUUCCCAGGCUUGAGGAAAUCUCAAAUUUGGAUCCAUGGUUUGCAACUAAG